UAACCGCCACUUCCGGGCUCAAGUAUUCCCACUUCGCAGAAGUCCCGUGGAAGACUUCCAGGACGACUAUGGCUACCUACGGCCUGGCGAAUGAGCGACUACGCGCCCUGGAAGACAUCGAACGGGAAAUCGGCGCCAUUCUUCAGAAUGCAGGUACUGUCAUCUUGGAACUGUCCAAAGAAAAGUCCAACGAGCGGCUCCUGGACCGGCAGGCGGCGGCCUUCACAGCUUCGGUGCAACACGUGGAGGCGGAGCUGUCGGCUCAGAUCCGCUACCUCACUCAGGUGGCCACAGGUCAGCCCCAUGAAGGCUCCAGCUAUUCUUCAAGGAAGGACUGUCAGAUGGCCCUAAAGAGAGUGGACUAUGCUCGCCUCAAGCUCAGUGAUGUAGCCCGAACCUGUGAGCAGAUGCUGGAAAACUAAGCCAAGGAGAUGGAGCAAGAGCUUGGUACAUCACCUACACCCCAAGACAGAGCCUGGAGACCUGUGUAACGGGAGCAGGGCUACCACAUGCAUGCCCUGCUGGUCAGUGCAUGAGGAUAAAGGGACAAAAGGUGGGAGUGGAGAAAGACAUAAAGACCAAGCCUGCCUACAACACGGCCCUGGCUUCUUGAGCAGACUGUUCCUGCUCUGCGAGUUAUUAAAGCAUUGACAUACUCGGCCGGGAGAUGGGGAUUGAGACACCCAGCCCACUUCCUCAUAUGCUUCAUGUCUCUACCUCAAGCUUCCCACAGACUUGGCCCAGUGAAGACAUUCUUCUUAUUAGAAGAAACAUACAAAAAAAAAAAAAUGAACCAAAGGUUUCAAUAAUAAAUAACAAUAAAAACAAGGAGCUCAGAUUCUUAGUGGGCCAUAUUAUGGGUGAUGAAGUGCACACACUACAGUACAUAAGGACCCGGGUUCAAGCCCAUAGUCUCUACCUGCAGGGGGGAAAGCUUCACAUGGUGUAGUAGAGAUGCAGGUGUCUGUCUCUCUUCCACUGUGUCUCCCCCUCCUUUCUCAAUUUCUGUCUCUAUCCAAUAAUAAAUAAAAUAAUUAAAAAAAAAUAAA